AAUGCCCAUGUAAAUGCAGCAAUUGCUUCUUUUUCACAUACUCACACUCCCCUAAUGCUGGUAAUACUAUACUUGCGAAUUGAAAUUAAAAGAAACCAAAAAACAAACAGCAGCAGCAGCAGGGCAAUGUCUUGCCUUUUCCAGUCUUGAGAGAGAUUGACAGAGAAGAGUAUCCACACCAUGACAACCACUGGAACAUCAUUAAUUGUGCGAGAUGCAUCAACCCCUCACAUGCGACCUCACACCACUUCAAAAACUUCCUCAAAUCAACACAAUGCAAAUUCCAGCUUCAAUCAAAACCAUCAAAAUAAUCAUCUAAAUUCAAAUACCGAUAAAAAUAUCAAAAAUAUCAAAAAUAAUAGACGUCAUUCACUUCCACUUCAUUUUCUCUCGCCAGCUUUAUGGGCUUCUAAUACUUCGGCUGCAAGUCUCGUGGAAUCUGAAGAAGCUGCUCGUGGUGAACAUAUCCUAGACGAGGCAAAGGUCGCACAUCGUCUUGCAGCCCUUCGCUCUCUCAACGGUGCAAAUCGAUCUCAUCAUAGUUAUGCCAAAUCUACCGGAGAAACAUUCAAUCAACCGGUGAUUGUGCGGACUUACUCGGGAGCCGCUCGACCUCGCUCUCAACAACGAGACCCUAUCGCUCUCAAAAAGCAGAAUGGAACAGCGGGCAUAGCAUCAAAUAAAAUGGAUAUGAAACUUCCACCAGUGGAAGCUUUUAGCUUCAAGGGGAUCAUGGACGAUAUAAGACAUGGUGUGAGUGAGGAUUUAGAAAGGAUCGCGGAGAUAUGUGCUAGGAGCAAGUAUAGUUUGGCAAAUCAACACGAAUUCCAUCAUCCCCCUCAUGGUUCUGGAGAUCGCAUACCACAAAUUGGCACUGCUUCAAGGCUAGAUUUAGGUGUAUCAACAUUACAAGCCGUUGAGCCGGAUGAAAUCCCUGCAAGACAUUUUGCACGAAGCUCAAGAGGAAGUCGAAGAGGGAAAUCUAUUGCUUAUGGUACGCUAGAAACCAUCAUGUCAUCGUCAAGAUCUUCGGAUGAGGAUAAAUCCAGGAAAAAGCCCGCCGCGGUCCUGGAAGACGAGGUGCGCGGCAGAGCAACAAGGAAGGAGGUUGAAGUACCACCUUCGAGUUCCGAAGUGAUAGGAGACUCUGUAGGCCCGGAAACAUUAUCUGAAAGGCAACCUCCACCCAAGCACGUCAGGUCCAAAUCUGCCACAUUCGCGUCAAUGAUUAUAGACAAUGCUCAAAGCUUCAAACAGGAACAUAAACCACAGGUUGCAUCUCCUACCUUUCUUGUUAGCGAACCUGCUCGACCUCAGACAUCAGCUGCGGAUCAUGAACAUAUGUCUGCUUUUGACAAAUUUACUUCAAACCGGCCUUCCACUUUCCAUGAGAUGACAUUACCAAAGCCUACCUUGAUACGCAAUGAGUCAAUAGCUUCUACUUUAAAACCUGAGACCUCACCGAGAUUGUCUAUACUCAGUAAUUUGAGUUCAUGGUUGCCCUGGAGUAAACCACCCAGCCCAGUGCGAACAUUUCAGGGUAGGGCUAGAAGUGGAUCGCAUGCGGAAGGAAGUUUACGAAGCUUAUUGAGGUCUACAGAUAUUGAUAGAAGGUGCAAGAAUGCUGGCAAUAUUCCUUGAAUGGAAUGUUCAGAGUGUCCUGGCAAUCAUCGUGAGUUUCAGUGUGAUGAGAGAUAGUGGAAUCCACAAGCCAUAGGAAUAUUCUAGGCCAUUCGGACUGCGAGUCCUCCUAGCUUCAAGCACAAUUCAUCAAUAUCAGCAUGAAUUGUCUCACUUCCCAACUUCUUCCAAGAAUAAGAUCAUGUUCUGUGUCACAAUACAUAACCAAAUAAUUACAAUGGCCAGAACCGGGCUAAUGACAUUUGCUGGGUCAAUUUGGGAAAAUUGCUAAUGUGAAUCGGCUCAGCGAGUUGUAAGUCAAGAUUAUACGUCAUACUAUCGAGACCUACUAACAGGCACUGAGGAUUUUUUAAGGAAGAAGACAAAUACUCAGAUCCUACCAUAAGAUGCCCUGAAAGACUCAUUCGAGUGCAUAGAAGUGUCGUCCGUGUACAUCCGAGUUUUGCGACUAAAGUGGAUAGUCUUUCGCAAGUAAGCUAUCACAGUUUACUCUGGAAGACAGGUACUCUCGAGUGCUAGGUGUGUUCGCUUAUGAGAUGGUACUGGACUUUGAUGAGGCUGAUCUCCAUAUCGUACGAAAAUUGGUCAAGUUUCUCAAUUACCCCUCUUUCAAUGAUGGAUGUGACGCUGUUACUGUCUCCAAGCUCGGCGUCAAAAGAACAAAUGGAAUAUACCUUGUUUGAAGUGGAGGGCGGCUCUGAGGCCCGAAUUCACUUUAUCAAACAAUUUACGACCUAUGGAAGAACUACUAAGCAUUCCACCAUCUGUGAACGCGUAGCAGGCAAAGCGAUCACAAUACUGCAGCUCGUUUAUAGACAUCUUCCGCGAUUGGAAAGAUUCCUCAGACGUAUUUUCCUGCAGAAUCUCUUCAAGGAUCGUGUUCUACAGACUUUCGUGUGGGGGCAAGGUGGGGAUCAAAUUCAAAGACUUUGUCUUAGAACUGGAGAUAUAGCCAGGGACUUGUUAGAUGCCUUGCUGCAAUAUCCCAAUGCGAAUCUCGAGCUUAGUAAUCUUACAUUAAAAAUGCAAUAUUGAGUUCCAUCUACUCCGUUCU